CAGCAGCCUGGCCUCAGCCCUGUCCUGCAAACAGCACCGGCCGCCAAGGACGGGCCUCCUCGGGCACUGGGGCUGUCCCUGCCAUCAGCGACAGGUCUGGUGAGACCUGAUUAGAUCCAAAGAGGAGACACGGACACCGUGGCGGGGUGGCAUGCGUGCCGCGGGUUUAGACUCCUCCCCCCGGUGCCAUGGGAGCUCGGUAGGGGACAGCGGACUCUGCCUGCGUGGAGGCUGGAGGGCUUCUCAGAGGAGGUGAUGCUAGAUUCGGGCUUUGAAGUAUAGGCCUGAUUUUUCCAGGUGGUAGAAGCAGGUGAUCCUGGCGAAGGAUCUGCCAACCCAAAUGCCUAGAGGCCACGCGGGGAUGGCAUUGAAGCAGCCGCAAAAUGGCAAAUGUGCAGCGAGCAUCCGGGACAGCAGGACUGUGACCUGGCUUGGGAACAAGCUGGAGUGAGGGUGAAGCGACCCCUCCUUCCGACUGGGACGCAGACGCAAGCUGGGGGGAAAAGUCUGAGAUCCCACUGCUGGCACCAUACCCAAGAAGCCUGUGGGCUCUACCCAGAGCGAUAUGGAGGAUAUCAUUGAGUAUUUCCAGGACUCAGUGAGCUGGGAUGAACUACAUCUCCUGCUGACUGACCAUGAAGCCUGGGAGAGCUUCAUGGCUGAGGCCAACUUGUCCAGGGAGGAGGCAGAUGUGCUACACGCAGGUCUGUGUGAGCUGGAGGCAGACCUGUGUAUGGAGGGCAGAGAGAGGAUCCAAAGAGACCACCUGGAGGAGAGGUUUUUGAACGAGUAUCCCCGGUUGAAACAGGAGCUUAAGGGGCAAAUACGAAAGCUCCACAAGCUGGCGGACAAGGUUGACAAGGUACACAGGGGCUGCACCAUCUCCAACAUCGUGGCCAGAUCCACCGGCAUGAUAUCUGAGGUCCUGACCACCCUGGGCUUGAUUCUGGCACCUGUGACGUCAGGGAUCAGUGUGUCACUCUUGGUAACGGGGAUGGGGCUGCGAACAGCAUCUGCUGUGACCACUGUGUCCAGCAGCAUCGCGGAGCACUUGAUCACGUCGUCCGCGGAAGCCAAAGCCCGUCGCCUGACAUCAGCUGGCGAUAACAGAGGGAAGACCAUUGCAAGGGGUCUGUGUCAGGACACACCCCGAAUGUUUUCCGUAACAAACGGCUUCGUGCGAGUCCUGCGAAACAUUGGAAAGAAUGUUCGUGCCAUCAGGCUGGCCAAAGUCAGUCCUCACUUAGCAGCCCAUGCCAAGAGGUUCCUGACAGCUGGGAGAGUCUCAGUUCGAAGUGACAAGCGGGUGAAGAAAGUUUUUGGAGGCACUGUUCUGGCAAUGACCAGAGGAGCCCGGAUCAUGGACGUGGGCACCGUGAUCACCUCCCUUCUGGUGGAUGUGGCCAACCUUGUGGAAGAGUCAAAGCACCUGCAUCAGGGGGCAAAGGCAGAGUCGGCUGAAAGGCUGAGACAGCAGGCCCAGUUGCUAGAGAGCAAGUUGAAGGAGCUCAACCGGAUGUAUGAAAGUCUAAAGUAGGGCCCGGCCCCAUGACCUCCAAACAGGGCAGGGAGCAGGGUCAUGUGCGGGACAAAGGCAUGGAGGUACCCCAUGAGAGGGGAAGAGGGGGCCAAAUAAAGUUUUUGAGGGGCGCUUGGGUGGCUCAGUCAGUUACGCAUCUGACUCUUGGUUUCAGCCCAGGUCACCAUCUCACAGCCCGUGGGUUCGAUCCCUGACAGUGCGUUGGGGCUCCUCAAUGACAGCAGAGGGUGCUUGGGAUUCUCUCUCUCUCUCCCUCUCUCUGCCCCUGCCCUGCUCACCCUCUCUCUCUCUCUCUCUCUCAAAAUAAGUAAAUAAACUUAAAAAAAAAUUAAAAAAUUUUUGGAAUGUGGUGUAAAGGAGUUUGGCAUUUCUGUAGCUGCACACGGCGGGGGGGAGGGAUUAAUGCCAAUGACAGGGGCGUCAAAGAGAAGGAAGGCAGGCGGAAGCUGGAAGAAGGAGGGAGGGGGCUAGAGAGUGAGGGGGACGGACCAAAGAGGACACGGAGGACAUGGCUCAAGAGAGAUGUGGAGGAACAAGCCGUGGGAAGGCCAGGAAUACUACAGUUAGAAUUGUUGGCAUAUGGAGAAGUGCCUCUCUGUUGACCCUCCCCAUGGUUUGAGGGACAUGCCAGCGAGGACAGACUCCCCCCUUGCUGAGGGGACUCCAGCCCUACCUUUCCUGUCUCGACCCACCUUCAUCUU